UUGGCGCCAAGACAAUUUCAUUUUUUUAGGAGUGACCAACAAAUUUGUGUGGCAUAUCCACGGUACGAUUACCAUUGGCAUGCCGAAUUUACGCAUGUGAUCUGCUGUGUGAUCCCAACUGUCACACCUUUCACACCAUACGGUUUAGCACCGUUCACUGGCAUCGGUGACGGGACCCUAGACUUAGCUUUAGUGCCAAGAAUCUCAAGAUGGCAUAACAUACAGUUUAUGCGAAAAAUUACAUCCUCAACUAAUCAGUUUCUUUGGCCGUGACG